AUGGCAUCCAACAUGUCUCCGGAACAACUUCUCGAGAUGCCGUCUGGCUCUCCCCAACCUGGCCAACAGUCGAACCUGAAAGACCCACCCAACUUGUUGACCGCUGGUCGUUCCGUACUUUUGCUCUUCUGGAUUGUUGCGUCGAUUAUAUUCUUCGUGCACAUAGGUGUUGACGUUAUACUGAACUCACUGUCCGGGGACGGUCUCAUUGCGUCUUGGAAAUGCAUCGCGCCGUACGGCCGUUUCGUGGAACUCGGAAAGGCGGAUGUUGAUGGGAACUCGAAACUUCCCAUGGUUAAUUUCGCUAAGAAUGUCUCCUUCUUCUUGGUCGCAGUCGACCACAUGUGUCGCGACCGACCAGCCCUGAUUCAGAAGUCCCUACCUCCGGUCAUGGAUAUGCUACAAGCUGGGACAUUGCAUGCGCCAUGGCCGCUGCAGCAGUUUCCUCUGUCAUCGCUGGAGGAGGCACUACGAGUCAUGCAAAGUGGCAAGCACACAGGAAAAUUGGUUAUUGACAUGGAGCCCCAUCACAUUGUGCCGGUAUCUCUUCCUCAUGUUCCGUCAUACACCUUCCCAUCAGACGCAACAUACAUAAUUGCCGGUGGAUUAGGUGGUCUUGGACGGAGCGCAGCACAAUGGAUGGCAUCAGUGGGAGCUAAGAACUUGAUUCUGCUGUCCAGAUCUGGACCUCGUACCGAUGCCGCUCUGCGGCUGAUAGGGAAGCUAGCCUCGCAGGGCGUUUCAGUACGAGCGCCGAAGUGCGAUGUAGCUGACGCAGGUGCCUUGUCAGCCGCGCUCGAUCAAUGCCGGGAUAUGCCUCCGAUAAGGGAUUGCUUGCAGGCAACGAUGGUUUUGCAGGAUGCUAUCUUUGAAAUGCUCGCCUUCAAGCAAUGGGAAACGACCAUCCGUUCGAAGAUCCAAAGCACCGAGAACCUUCACGCUGUCCUUCCAUCCGGCCUCGACUUCUUCAUCAUGUUAUCCUCGCUCGCCGGCGUCGUGGGCACUGUUUCCCAGGCAAACUACGCAGCCGGAAACACUUUCCAAGAUGCAUUCGCUAGCUACCGUCGGUCAAUCGGUCAGCGUGCCGCCGCCGUCGACUUAGGUCGUAUGGGCGAGGUCGGCGUGGUCGCCGAAAACGCGCAAUACUCUCGCCACCAGGAGAACGUCCCAGUGAUGGAGGAUAUUUCGGAGAAAGAAUUCCACUCUAUUCUGGAACAGUGUUGCCAGCCUCCAAACGUGAUACAGACUGACAAGUUAGCAGAAAGCGAACAGGUCCUCGUGGGACUCGUGUCACCUGCUCAGCUGCGCGCACGACAUGUCGACGUCCCCGUUUGGAUGACCGAGCGCGCUCUCUUCCGUGCGCUACCACAAGACCCUACGGAUCAGUUUGACGCAGCCCUCACCGUGGAUCCUACAGUCGGAGUUACAACAAGUGCAGGACAUUGGCAUGCCGUCUUUAUGAAGACGGAUCCCAGCGAUGCUCCGUCAGUGGUUAUUGACGGACUUACUCAGAAACUCGGCCGCGCGUUGGAUAUUCCCGCCGGAGAGAUUGAUACACAGCGUUCGUUGGCUCUGCAGGGGGUUGAUUCAUUACUAGCGGUGGAAUUGAGACAGUGGAUCUUGAGAGCGAUCCAGUCGAAUGUGUCGGCACUGGACAUCUCGAGUAGUCCAAGUUUAGAAGAUCUGGCGAGUCUAAUCGUGGGGAGGAGCGAGGCUAUCAAGACGGAUGCAUAA